AUGAAUAUCAAUCCACAACCAGAACCAAUAUAUCAGGUAGCUCCUCAACAACUACCACCUACGUAUGCGAUGAGUUUCCAAAUAACACCUCGUUCGGCACCUACACAACAACAGCCACAACCUGUAUAUAACAAUCAAAACUUAUCAACAAUGUAUCCAACAGGUCCAGGAACACUUCCUCCUAGCAAAAACGAAUGGCCACGAAAACCGGUUGGGCUUGUUUGUCCACGAUGUGGUGCCACAGUAGAAACACGUGUGAAAGCAGAAAUGACACCUGUGACUUGGAUGUGUGUUCUGCUCUUCCUUUGUUGCACUUUUUGUUUGUUUUGGAUUCCAUUGUGUGUGCCAGUAUUUAAAAAAACAACUCAUUAUUGCCCCUAUUGUAACAGUGCUUUAGGUGUACGAAAAGCACUAUGA